AUGACUCAACCUGUCGAAGAAGUAUAUUCUCUGGUCCUAGAUGCCGACCAGCUUGAGCAAUGCACAUCAAUGCAACAGGACGAAUUUGGAGUUUUAGAGUCAAUAUACCCGGAAUUUGUAUCGAGUCGAAAUCUAGACGGCGAUGCUCUCAAACUAGAAAUCCCGGUACAAUUUGGAACAACUAAAUCCGUUUUGAUCUCGGAACCACCUCCUCCUAGUAAUACUGGCAUAGCAUCAUUGCCUGAAAAGAAACAAACCCUUCAGUCAAUCUCACUGACUACGUUACCUCCCAUCUUGAUCAAUAUUACCCUGCCACGGUCCUAUCCCCUCCAAAAACCGCCUGUAAUAACCUCGAUACGGGCAACGCACAUCUGGUUAUCAGAGGUCGAGGUUCUACAAUCUACGCUUAUUGAACUAUGGCAGACCGCUGAACCUGUUUUAUUUAAUUGGAUCGAGUACAUACGUACGGGUGACUUCCUAGAGAAGUUGAACUUGGUAUCCCCUGGCAAUAGUGAUAUUAUAGCGUUGCCUCAUCCUGCCCCACGUUUGAUCGCUCCUCUGCUAUUGGAGUACGACAGUUCUGCACAAUCUAGUCAAUUUGCACAGAAUUCAUAUCCCUGUUCUGUGUGCCUCACGUCGCUCAAAGGAUCUAAAUGCUUGCAACUUAAGUGCAAACAUAUUUUCUGCCGUACUUGUUUAGAGGAUUUCUGGAAAAUGUGCAUUGCGGAAGGUGACAUCAGCCGUGUGGGUUGUCCAGACCCAGAGUGUGUCAAGAAGGCAAAUGAAGCUGGCGAAGAAGAAGUGGCCAGAGUGGUGACAGAAGCAGAAUUGCAACGUUGGAAAUGGCUACGAGAGAAGCGCAAUGUUGAAAGAGAUCCGACCGUUGUACACUGCCCAGUCGCUGUUUGUCAAGCCCCCGUCCCAAAACCCAUCGAUGCCGACAAAGAAACACCAGGUUGGAGCAGGUUACGAACAUGCCCUCGGUGCGGUUACUCUUUCUGUGCAUUUUGCAGACGAACCUGGCAUGGACCACUGGAUAAGUGCCCCAUUGCUCAGUAUGAACACCUGGCCUUAGAAUAUCUCGGUGCAGAAGAAGGAUCCCCGGAGCGAGCCAAACUGGAGCGCCGAUUUGGAAAAGCCAAUAUUAUCAGAUUGGUUGCGACGUACGAGGAAGAGAAAGCUAACAUGCAAUGGUUGAGUUCGUCUACGAUGCAGUGCCCUGGAUGCCAAUGUCAUGUGGAGAAGAACAUGGGUUGCAACCAUAUGACAUGUUGGAAGUGCUCUCAGCAUUUCUGCUAUCGCUGUGGCGAACGCCUGAACCCGGACCAGCCAUAUGCGCAUUUUUCGAAUCCAAAGCAUGGCUGCUUCAACCAGCUAUUCGACGUCAUUGACGUGCCUGAAGCAGAAUGGGAACUGGAGGAAUAA